CCCCAGCGAUGCACUUCGCCAAAUAUGUCAAAUUGUCUAAAUCUAGUGAUUUUUAGAAAAAAGGAAAAGAAAACUGAUUUCUACUCCAUUGUGUAGAUUUUCACACCGACUAUCUUUGUUUUCGAAGCAAGAUUCACUCGGCGUACGAUCAGCAUUACUAUAAUAGUUUGUUUUUCCCCGGUUUCGCAUCCCUAGCGCUACGCAAUCGUAAAGUACGAUAAGCGAUCCUUGCAGAAAAGGUAGCAACGUAUCGUUCACGGUGGAUCAAAACUACAAAAAAUAGGAUUACAAGAAGCUGGACGUCCUUCCGGAUUACUCGGACCCGUGGUAUUGUCCGCGUCCGUCCGAUCAGGACAGCAGCGAUAUCCUUGCUGCAUUACAUAAGAAACGAUCUGGUACGUCGGACCAGGUCGAGAGAGGCAAGCAGCAACAGCACGAGACCUUUGGCGAUAACCCGCAAAGCCGUACGUGAAAGUACUUUUCCACCCGAAAACGCUUCCGCUCCGUGGAAUGUUAAGGCUUAUGAAAGUAGCGGUAAACAUUGCAGCAGCUAAUUAAGUGGAAAUCGUAGAAGAAUUUGUCAGCAGCACGCGAGCGCAAAGCAGUUGCUGGCGUGGUUAAUCCUACGCACUUUGUUAGCACAGGUGACAUCCGUCAGCGGGGCAGGAAGAUUGGUCUGGUGGACGAAACACGGUUGUGGCACGACCACACAAAGCGAGCGCACCGUCAACUGUUCACGCUAGCGCCCCAUCAUGGAUAACGAUGGAUUAUCGAACGAGCAGACGGAAAAGGUCCUACAGUUUCAGGACAUUACCGGGCUGGAUGAUAUGAACGUUUGCCGCGACAUACUGAUACGUCACCAGUGGGACCUGGAGGUCGCCUUUCAGGAGCACCUAAACAUACGCGAAGGUCGUCCGUCCGCGUAUGCGACGGAAUCUCGCGCUCCUGCCGUCAUAAACGAUCGUUUUCUGCAGCAUGUUUUCUCGAGCGCGCGGUUAAGCCCAGCGCGCGAACCGAGCGGUGUCGGGGGCAUUAUACGAUACGUGUUUAACUACAUGGUGAACUUUUGGUACAGUGCAUUUUCCUCGUUUCUAUCCACCGUGAUCGGGCUGUUCCGCGAUCAGGAAAGCAUUCCGGCCGAUCCGCUCGGCGACGUGCUGAAGUUCAUUCAGACAUACAAUGAAAAGUACCCGGAACAUCCCGUGUUUUACCAGGGCACGUAUUCGCAGGCGCUGAGCGAUGCGAAGAACGAGCUACGCUUUCUGCUAGUCUAUCUGCAUUCCGAGUCGACAUCCGAGGCGGUCGCCUUUUGUCGCGGUGCAAUGUCGGACCCACAGGUGAUCGAGUACGUCAACCGGCGGAUGCUGUUCUGGGGGUGUGAUAUGGCAUCGCACGAGGGCAAACGGGUUGCGACCGCGAUCAGUGUUCGCACACACCCGACCCUGCUCAUCAUUGGGAUGCGCGCCAACAAGAUGAUCAUUAUGGGCCGGUUAGAAGGGGACUGCACGUCGGAGGAGCUUAUACGCCGGAUGGAUACCGUCGUAAAUGAUAACGAGGUGUGGUUGAAUCAGGCCCGCCAGGAUCGGCUGGAGCGGGAUCUUACACAGACGCUGCGCCAGCAGCAGGACGAAGCGUACCAGCGAUCGUUACAGGCGGACCAGGAAAAGCAGCGCCGAAAGCAACAGGAGCGAGAGGAGGCGAUGCGCAUCCAGGCCGCGAUCGAAGCGGAACAGCUGGCGGAGCAGCAGCGAAAGGAUAACAUCGAACGGUUAAAGCUCGAUCUGGCGGAACAAGUGCCUUCGGAACCGGAAGCAGGUGCGCCCGACACGAUCAGCAUAGUUUUCAAACUACCCAGCGGGCUGCGAUUAGAGAGACGAUUUCGAAAUACCAACACAAUGCAGGAUAUUUACAACUUUAUUUUCUGUCAUCCGGAUGCUCCCGAUUCGUUCGAAAUUACGACGAACUUCCCGAAGCGCGUGCUGGAAUGUUCGGGUGACGAACCAGGCCAGACGCUGCUGCUAUCUGGGCUGAAGAAUCGCGAAGUACUGUUCGUCGCCGAUCUGGAGGCGUAGUGUGACGACGGUGGGUGGGGUGGUCACACGUGCAUCACAAGUACUACUGCAUCUGGAAUGGUGAUUUGCUUAGGAACUGUAUUUGCUAAUGCACUGCCGCACGCGAACGGCAAACAGACAUUCUUGAUGGAUUUUUACAUAGUUUGCUGAAACAAGGUCAACUAGUUCGAUGUUCACGCGUAGUCAGUGGCGGUCCAACUAAAGCUGCAUCUACAAAAAAUAUAAAUUGUAGUCCCAUCGUGAAAUUCUUUUCGUCGUUUCAUUUCUCCAUUUCUCCAGUCGGGGAUGGGUCUUGACGAUCAUGUGUUUCAUACAAUCAAGGAAACAUCUGGAACGACACGAAAAAGGAGUGCAAAAACGUUCCAAUACCAAAUGGUGAUAGUACUUGUGAAUAUACUUAUUUGUUGCUUGCAUAAAAUCUUAAAACUGUAUAUUCAGUUGAACUGCAGAAGAUGAAUAGUCUCUAUUAAAACCUUCGUUGGGGACACACUCAACAUUUAAUAUGAAAAAACAAGAGCGGCAAAUAAAAUUGUUUUAUUUCUACUUUACAACGUAAA